AUGCAUUCCAUCCUUUUGUUCACCGCUGCUCUUUUUGCGACAGGAGCAAUCUCCCAGUAUUCCAGCAACAGAGAUUCCUGCAACUGGCGUGAAGCUGUACCCUCUUGCUACUUCACCAACUCCGAAGAGGCUAAGACAGGCGAUUUAGUCAAUGGCUGGCAGCUCAAAGCAUGGGCUAUUGAAGGGGAACAUGAGAAUGAUUGUCCAACUCUGGUCAGUCCUGACGACUGCUGUGAGGAAGAUGGUGCUCGAUCCCUAUUAGGGUUGAAGAGGCUCUGGUGCAAGGAUUCAGUUGAAGCCCCUAAACAUGAACUGUUUAAACGAUGCCCUCCUGAUGAGGAAGACGUGGAGAAGAUGUCAAAGCCCCUUUGGGAUAAAUUUAGGGAAAUCUGCAGUCAAGGCAUCAAACCUGGUUCGGCCGAGGAUGUUAAAUUUCUCCGGGAGAAAGUUCUCCCGUAUUACCUCAAUAAGAAAUGGCUUACCAAAAGCCCGCCAAACGGAUGGGAGAGGGAAUGGGAUAAGAUCUUGAAAAAAUGCCAUAAAAAUGGAAGCAAUUACUGUGAUAAAGCAGUUCGACAAAAGGCAGGAGACUGUGUCAAGGGAAUGGCUGGAAGCCUGAUGUUGAAAUAUGGUGCUACUGCCAUGGCAUACUGUCCUAUUUUGGAUGAAAAGCUCGCAAAUUGGGACAGAGAUGAUAAGCCACAGGCCUUUAAAUUCUUUACGGCUUAUUGCAAAACGAAGGGGAAAUCAUGUUGA